GUUUCCAUGGCAAACCAAACAAUCUAUGCGGCGGAAGUAAGAACGUCUACUCGGUGUGGGCCCUCCCGCCGGAUGACGUGGCCCCCAGGCUGAAGAAGCUGAUGCAGGGCCUCCGUGCCGAGUUCGGUGGUCCACAGUUCGAGCCCCACAUCACUGUGGUGGGGGCUAUCAGCCUGACCCUGGACGACGCCCUCGCGAAGUUCCGAUCGGCUUCUGAGGGCCUCAAGGCCUACGACGCCAAGGUUGAUCGCGUGGCCACCGGCACCGGCACCUUCUUUUACCAGUGUGUUUCCCUCCUUAUAAAUCCGACCCCUCAGGUGGUGGAAGCUAGUGCUCACUGCUCUGGCCAUUUCGGUUUCAAACGCUCAACCCCUUAUAUGCCACAUUUGAGCAUCCUCUACGGUGAUCUGACCGACGAAGAGAAGAAGAAGGCGCAAGAAAAAGCUAACACUCUCGACGAGAGCAUUGCCGGCCUGAGCUUCCCCGUUACUCGCCUUGCGUUGUUCAAAACCGACCCCAAAGAUAUAACUCUCAAGUCCUGGGAGAAGAUUGCUGAGUGCACCCUCGAAUCGAAUUAGUUCUCUUACUGCGUGCUUAUGAUCAAGCUUGUAAUCAGGUUCUGUUUCAGUGUUCCUGUCAUCUCUUGAUCAAAAACAUUAACAAGUUGGAGGUUUUGUUGUAAUGUCAAUUGUCAAAGGCUUAAAGCUGUCACAGAGGAUGGGGCUUUUUAAGUAAACGCUUGGUUUGGUGAUCACUAAUCCACUAUGGUUUUAAUAUGUUCC